AUGUCUGAUAAUCCUCACAAGUUUUGGAAUAAACAACCCGUAGGUGUUGAAGAAGGAGCUAAUAGCCUUAUUAGUCAUCCCAACAAAAUACCAACCGAAGAGUAUAAAUUACCAGAAGGCUGUGUAUUUGAAAAUAUCACUGAUUACAAAGAAUUAUCCAAAUUUUUAUCAGAAAAUUAUGUAGAAGAUAUUGAUAAUGAAUUUAGAUUAAUAUACUCUGAAUCAUUCUUCUCCUGGUUUAUCAAUAAUCCUAAGCAUUGUCCUGAAUAUUCUUUAGGUCUUAAAUUUAAUAACUGUUUAAUAGGAUAUAUAUUUGGAAAGGAAACAGCUAUUUCAAUCAAUGGAUUAACACAAAAAGUAGCUGCUAUUAAUUUUUUAUGUGUCAUUAAAUCUAAAAGGAACAGAAGAAUAUCUCCCAUUCUGAUUAAAGAAAUUACUAGAAGAUUUAAUUGUAAUGGAAUAUACAGUGGUAUAUUUACAGCAGGUACACCUUUAUUUUUUAAAAUAAGUACAGCUAAAUAUUGGCAUAAACCUAUUAAUACUAAAAAAUUAAUUACAUCAGGUUUCUUGGAUAGACCUGUUGAUGUCUCUCUACCCUGUGCUCGUUCUAGUACACGUUUAUUGAAAGAAGAAGAUAUAAUGAUUUGUUAUAAAUUGUAUAAAAAUGAUAUACAGAAAUAUAAGUUAGUAGAUGAUAUGGAUGAAGAUGAUUUUAGACAUUUUAUUAACAAUAAAAUUAUGAGAGUAUAUGUUAAUGAAGUAGAUGGUGUUAUUAAUUCAUUCGGUACAUAUUUUGUUCUAGACACUAUGUCUAUUAAAAAGAACCAAAGGAUAUCUAGUGCUUAUUUAAAUUUAAUAUGUGGAGACUGUGUUAAGACCAUGAUUGAAGAUCUUAUUUAUUUUAGUGCACAGGAAAAAUGUGAUGUAUUUAAUAGCAUCAAUAUAGGAGAAGCAGGGAAAUAUUUAGAAGAGCUUGGUUUUUUAGAAGGAUCGGGAGAAUUGAACUAUUAUUUGUAUAAUUGGAAAUCGGGAGUAAUUGAUAAAAAUCGGAUUUUUUAUUAUAUGCAUUAA